CAUCCCUCCUCUCCAAUCUCGUUCUUUCGGAAUCCCACGCCCCCACCCCGCAACCCAAGACCUCCCUGAUCCAGGUUUCAGGACUUCCCUCUCCCUGUCCUCGGGAUCUCCAGACAUGCUCCUGGGGUCAGCAUCCCGGUUCCAAUCUCCUCUGACCACAUUGUCCUUGCAGGGGCGCGAGAGAGCAGCGGCCUGCGGCGGGCGGCUGGAAUGGAGCCUGGCGAGGGCAGGAGCCUGUGGUCCUCCCUGGUGGAGGGACCCCACAGAGAAGAGAAGAAAUUAAAAAGAGGACCUACCCAAGAGUGGAGUUCUUCCCCCAAAUUAGACAGAUACAAACUAGCAAGACAAUUAACAGAAAAAGCCAUCAAGGAAAAGAAGAUCUUCUCCAUUUACGGCCACUACCCAGUGAUCCGGGCGGUUCUGCGCAAGAAAGGCUGGGUGGAGAAGAAGUUCCACUUCCUGCCCAAGUGUGUCCCUAGUGUCAGUGUUGAGGAUGAAGGAGAAGGGGCAGCCGAGCGUAAAUAUACCGACAUCAAAGAAAACCGGGAAGUGGCCUUGGAGAAAAUAGAGGACAUCCACGAUGUGAUGUCCAGGUUGGUAAAAAAUGAAAUACCUUACUUACUCUGGACAAUCAAAAGGGAUGUCAUCGACUACCACAGCUUGAACUGUGACCAAAUGCUGAAUCACUACGGGAAGACAGCUUCCUUCACCACCAAGAUCGGGCUGUGUGUGAACUUGCGGAGCCUGCCGUGGUAUGUCCAGGCCAAUCCCGACUCCUUCUUCCCGCGCUGCUAUGGCCUCUGCAACCAGAGUGAGAAGCAAGAGUUCCUGGACGACUUCCGGCGCACAGUAGCCUCCAGCAUCCUCAAAUGGGUGGUCAGCCACCAAAACUGGGGCGGGAGCAAACCCAAGAACCGGAAGGAGGAGGACUGCGACAGUGAGACCAGCAGCAAGAAAGCUCCUGAGGAUGCUGAAUCGAAGCUCACAGGACUGUCAGGUCAGCUGGUGGACAUUGCCUGCAAGGUGUGCCAGACCUACCUGGGGCAGCUGGAGCACGAGGACAUCGACAUCUCCGAGAACGCUGGCACAGAGCUCACAGAAGACGAGUGGAAGGACCUGACCCAGCAGUACUACUCCCUCAUUCAUGGCAACGCUUUCAUAUCCAAUCCAAGGAAUCACCUGUCACAGUGCCAAGCGCUACUGAACAAAAUCUCCUCCGUAAAUCCACAAACAGAGAUUGAUGGACUUCGCAACAUCUGGAUUAUAAAGCCAGCAGCCAAAUCCCGUGGGCGAGACAUAGUGUGCAUGAACCGCGUGGAGGAGAUCCUGGAGCUGGUGACCACAAGCCAUCCCCCCACUAAAGACAACAAGUGGGUGGUACAGAAGUACAUUGAAACACCGCUGCUCAUCUAUGACACCAAGUUCGACAUCAGGCAGUGGUUUCUGGUUACUGACUGGAACCCGCUGACCAUCUGGUUUUAUAAGGAGAGCUACCUGCGGUUCUCCACGCAGCGUUUCUCCCUUGAUAAUCUGGACAGCGCCAUCCACCUGUGCAACAACUCUAUCCAGAAGCGCUUCAAGAACGACAAGGAGCGCAGCCCUCUGUUGCCCUGCCACAACAUGUGGACCAGCACCCGGUUCCAGGAGUAUCUGCAGAAGAGGGGCCGCGGGGCCAUGUGGAGCAGCGUCAUCUACCCAGCCAUGAAGCGGGCCAUCACCAACACCAUGCGGGUUGCGCAGGAUCGCGUGGAGGCACGCAAGAACAGCUUCGAGCUCUACGGGGCCGACUUCGUGCUGGGCCGCGACUUCAAGCCCUGGCUGAUCGAGAUCAACUCGAGCCCCACCAUGCACCCCUCCACACCGGUGACUGCGCAGCUGUGCGCGCAGGUGCAGGAGGACACCAUUAAGGUGGUGGUGGACCGCAAGUUGGACCGCGACUGUGACAUUGGCAACUUCGAGCUGCUGUGGAGACAGCCCGCUGUGGAACUGCCAGCUUUUCACGGGUCUGAUCUCUUAGUGGAAGGUGUCAGCGUGAGGAGGGCCAAGAAGCAAAUGCCCUUCAUUUCCAGCUUUCAUUUUUCAUCACUCUCAGACAGUCAGUCACAGAGAGUCACUCAGAGUCCCUCGGUCACACCAGACCAAGUGCCAGGAACCCCAGGAACGACUGUCCAGACAGACUUGAAACUGAAGGAGGAAAAAAUACUGUCUUGCACCUUUCCUGGGUCCCUGCCCAGGCCGGCCACCAGGGGCUUUAAAGUAAAGCCUGUGCACAUGGAGUCCGGAGGGAAGAUAGAACUCCCCACUUGUCAUUGUCAACUCUUAGACAAUAAGGCCCUGAACACCGGGCUCAUCCAAGCUGAGCUCACCAGACACAGGGACCCACACUUGUUCAGUGUGCACCCACUGACACCCGUGCUUCCGAGUGUGAAGACUACAGAGGGUGCUCCUUUUCUGCCGCCCAGACCAUCAGGUAAAAGUGGGGAGUUCAGACCUAUCCCUUUUCUGGGUCUGCCAGCUGCAUCCUCCAGGGCUCAGCGGAAGUCUGGGUCAGCCAGCGUGCACCCACACACAAGUGGCAACUCCUCUCAGAAUAGAUUCAAGGCACGAGACCCCAUCCUGGACCUGGCCAGGUGGUUGGGAUACUCGGGGUCCUGCUGGGACCGUUCCAGGGCCUGCUGAAUGACAGGACCAGAUGCCUUCUGUCUCGCUCCCCAGUGGGACACAGUGUGCACUGGGUGGUGACGGGGAGGUGGGAACCCUGAAUUCAAGAUAGGAAUAGCACCCAGCAUCAUAAAUGAGCAGUGGCCCAUGCUGGGCUCUUGCCUUAAGCUUCUUUUGGGUCAUUCAUAUGGGAACAUGGGAGCUUGGCCUGGCAUGGAGUACAGUUAAACAGAUGUGGAGGUGGGGGGAGGGCAUUGCUGAACACCCGCAUCCUCAUACUUCCAAUGGUGUUCAGCAAACAGCAGCCUGGAGAACGUUUGUGACAUGAGAUGACCAUGCUAAAUGCCUUCUCUGCCCAAGGCACACAUGCCUCCCUGAACUCACCAGGAUGUCGACACCCACUGCUCUUUUCGAUUUAAGACUCAAAAACAAUCCCACCCCAGCAUCUCUGGCUUCAGCACCCUCUGGGCCUGCCUGCGAGUAGUCUGUCUCCCCCCUGCCCCCCAAGACUGUAAGCUCGUAAAGGGCAGGGUUGUGACUGUUAUUCUCCCCACUGCACCCAGCCCCUGGGGCAGUGCCAGCCACGUAGCAGAGACCCCAUAAGUGUUUGUGGGCUGAGUGCAGGUGGGUAUCUAUCUAUCUUAGGCUGCCUACUUCAGGCACAGGAGUGCAGGGGAUCUUGGAGGACAUCACCAGCCCUGCCCACUCUCCUCUCCAAAGCCUGGCCACCAAGCUGCUCAGCUGUUAGCCUCUCCAGGUGGAUGCUGUCCAGACACUGUUCCUUUUUCUGAAGGAGAAAUCUGAGAAAAGAAUGUCUAUUUUUCACAAAAUGUUCUGGAAGCUUUCUGUGACCAUCUUCUUCAGAAUGGAUGCAGCUUCCGUUUGAUGUGCCCCUCCAGUCUCUGCCCUGUC